AUGUGGGAUUGUGGAGAGCAGAUUCAAGAAGAUUCUAUGUCUUUGACUUCAGAAAGCCGACUAACUUCAAGUUUACUUCUCAAGGAAUCAGAAAACCUCUUUGAAUCUAAGAUUUUCAGAGAUUCUUCUGCACGCCAUUCUCCCGAUGACCCUGAUACAGAAAUACCUCACAAGGACUCCAAAAAGCUUCUUGUUUGUGAGAUUCCCAGAGAUUCUGCUAAACACAAUUGUCCCGAUGAUGCUAAUGCAGAAUCGCCUGAUAAGGACUCUGAAGCUCCCCUUGAUUGUGAGACGCCCAGAGAUUCAAUUGAAAUCCAAAGUCAUAAUGAAGUUGAUCCCAAAACGCCUCUUGGAGACUCCACGAAGGUCACUAAUCCUAAGAUUCCCAGAGAUACCGCGCAAUACCAAGGUGUUGAUGACUUGAAGACUGAACACUUUCAAAAUUGCUAUUCUAGGGAAAAUUUUGAGGAAGACCCGUUAGAAAUAAGUAAAAGAACAGUUGAUAGUAAAAAUGAAGAGAAUUCAGAAGAAAACUUUACGCUUGUACACGAUGAAGAACAAUUGAUCCCUUACAAAAAAAUUAAUCCAAAAGUCACUAACUGCGGUAUGAGCCCCGGCUCACAAACAUCCGCAUUAGAAAGCCACCAAGGUGCCACAAAAGCUAAAGUUAGACCAGAAGACAGAGACAGCUCGAAAAUUCUUGAUUCUGGUCAACAAGUCUCGUGUUGUGCACAAGGAAGAAUCGUAUCUAACGAUGUAACUAUCUUGUAUCAAUCAAACGAGUAUGCCCUCUUUUCAACAUUUGAUUCUGAUGAUCCAAAUUCUUUCUUUUUAACAGAUCGUUCAAUCCUUCAAAACUCUCUUUCUAAGCUUUUUGAAGCAAUUAGAGACGUCAUUCAUGAUGAUCUGAGUCAUGAAGAUGAGCUCUUCAUUUCAGUUCCAGACUUUGGUCUCCAAACAGAAGAAGGAUCUACAUCAGCCCAAGAUAUGACAUUAUCUCAGGUUAUUGAGCUACGUAAUCAGCUACUAUUAAAUGACGGAAUUGAAUCACAAGAGCCUUUCUACAUCGACCUUGGUAUCCGUAAAAGUUUUAAAAUGGGACUGGCGAAGAUAACGUUGUAUGCCAACCAUGGAAAGGGUCUAUCUGAGAUAACUGCCUGGAACGAUCAUAGCCAAAAUACCGAAGAUACAAUUUUUAAUGAGGCCAGUACUGAAGUGUACUAUGGAGAAAAGUGCUCUUACGACGAAAAUAUUGAUGAGGAAAAGGUAGAAAACCUUCAUACUGAUAAACAAUUUGCAGGAAGCCCGACAAGAAAUUAUGAUUUCUCCCCGGACAAAAGUCCUGAGUUACUCGAAAACCGUGGACAUGAACGAGAAGAGGAAUUCUACAUAGAGACUGGAAGUGUUCCAUCUCCGUCAAGGCCCCAAGAAGAGAUGAAUUUAAACCCAUCAAGUAAACCCCCCCCUGAUACAGAAAACAGUGUUAUUGGAUGCACCGAAUCAAAAAGUAAAACUGCCUUCAGAAGUAGCAUUGAAGAUGAUGGCGACACCAUCGGUUACUCCGAGGAUGAGUUUGAUGAUAGUUCCGCAUCAAGUAGUACGCGCGCGGCUGCUCCAGAUCAAAACACAAGUGCCGUAUAUCGCUCAGAUGAUCGAAUAACUUCAAAUUAUAUGCAUGAAACUGAUCCACCCGAAAUGAAAAGUACUUUUCCCGAUACACCUGAUAAUCAUCAUCAUCAUAUCCCCCUUAACUCACAUAUUUCUGAGAGACAGACCCCAGAACACAGCCCUUUAGAUAGCUCAAAUACAAGCCCCUGUGGUCAUGGACUAGAAAUUCCAUCACAAGUCACUCAAGGUGAUUCCGACAGAGAAGAUUGUUCUGAAAAAAAUGAUAAUGUUCCUGCAGUAGAAGAAACAGACAUUGCAGAAGAAGUAUAUGGUAAUAUUAAAAUUAACAGUUUAGUUGAUGCUAAUGACCUAAAAAUUACAAAGAGUGGACCAGGCGGAGAAUAUCAAAGAGGGCCACCGGAGGUAGACGUCGAAACCCAAAACUUUGGUCUUAGUAGAUAUGUCAUCGCACAAGAAUACCGAAUCAGAUCUGAGGCAGAUAAUGAUAGCGGGUCAGUUAUAGACUAUCACGAUGUCAAGAAUAAGGAUGCGUCAACUGGAAGCAUAGAAAUUAAUAAAAACUUCAAACUAGAAGAUGUUUGUGUUGAAGAGUCUAGAGAAGUACCCUACAUCAGUCCUGUAGGAGACCCGCAGGAGAUUAUGUCUAGCGAUAGCAUCGGAUACGAAGAUGAAAUUGACUAUGAUGAGGACGAAGAUGAAGUUGAACAUGAGUCUUCUAAGUCUAAUGCGGAAAAUUUACUUACUCUUAAUUAUCCGCUGAAUGUGGAAAGUAAAUCACCACCAACAAUCGGGAAAAGAUCUAGAGAAUCCUAUGGAGCGGAAAAAAUUGAGGAAGUAAAGGUUUCUAAGCGUCUACGACCAUGA